CAGUGAGUCAAGUACAUAGCACGUUAUGUCUCGUCGCGCUGUAUACGAGUUCUCUGCACGUCUGCUUGGUUCCGGGGAACAGGUUAGCCUGUCCCGGUACCGCGGCAAAGUUCUCCUUAUUGAGAAUGUGGCUUCGCUUUGAGGCACCACGGUCCGGGACUACACGCAGAUGAAUCAACUUCAGAGCACUUACAGUUCCAGGGGGCUGCAGGUGCUCGGGUUCCCCUGCAAUCAGUUCGGACACCAGGAAAACACCAGUAACCAGGAGAUCCUGAACUCCUUGAAGUAUGUUCGGCCAGGAGGAGGGUUUGAACCUAAUUUUCCUGUGUUUGAGAAAUGUGAUGUCAACGGAGAGAAGGAACAUCCCCUCUUUACCUUCCUGAAGGAACAGCUGCCGUAUCCCUGUGAUGACCAAGUGUCCCUCAUGGUAGACCCCAAAUGCAUCAUCUGGUCCCCAGUACGGAGAAGUGACAUCUCUUGGAACUUUGAGAAGUUCCUGAUUGGUGCAGAUGGUGUUCCAUACAAACGUUACGGCCGACGCUUUGAAACAAUCAACAUCCAGGGAGAUAUAGAGAAGCUUCUAACAGAAAACACUUCCAUGUAGUAUUGAGUGGAAGGAUAAAAACUUGAGUGUUAAACAUGUGGUGAAGGGUUGUGUCCUCUACUGACAAAGUAGCUUCCCCCCUUUGUAUCCUGCUCAGUUUGCUGAUUCCCCUGGCGUUUACGUAUGACGUUCUUCCUUAAAACCCUUAGUGAGGUAGAGCUGAUACUUUCUGUAAAGUCCAGGGGUGGUUUGUAGGCUUGUGGCGGGGUAGACAGGGGUAAUAGCACUUAAACUUUAAUAAAAAAAAAUGUAUAACUGAAAA